UUUUAAAAAAAAAAAAGGAAUCCACUGAUCAAUUUUGCGAACUUCUCAUAAUAUAUAGUUAUUUACCCAAAUGAAUUUUAACCAUUUUGGUCUUGGAGAUUCAUAUGUUUUGGAAGCCCUAUUUUGGUAGAAGCCUGAUUCAGUGAUUACUCUCCUGCAAUUUUCCAAGCAGCAAACUCUAAAAUCGAACACUGUCCAGUUACUAUUGAGGAACGAGUGGAUGCUUAACGCAGCCUUAUUAUCCGCGAGACCAACACCGGGCGACUUCCUUCCGGAAGAUGAUGGCUCUGCCGCGAAGCCUCAGCGCGUCAAAAUUGCCAAGGCUACUGAAGAUAGCGAUAAGAAGGUCGCGAGCAGGAGAAUUAAAGAUGUGGAAAUAAGUGUUCCUGUGGUGCAUGGAACAAUUGCAUUUUACCUUGGUCGAAAGGCCAGUGAGUCUCAAUCACAUAAGUGGACAGUCUAUGUACGUGGGGCAACAAAUGAAGACCUGGGAGUGGUGAUAAAGCGCGUUGUAUUCCAAUUGCAUCCCAGUUUCAAUAACCCUACAAGAGUGGUAGAAUCACCACCUUUUGAGUUGUCGGAAUGUGGCUGGGGUGAAUUCGAAAUUGUCAUCACUCUUGUCUUCCACAGUGAUGUCUGUGAUAAGCAGUUGGACUUGUAUCACCAUUUGAAGUUGUACCCUGAAGAUGAAACUGGUCCUCAGUCAACCAAGAAGCCUGUUGUUGUGGAAUCCUACAAUGAGAUUGUCUUUCCUGAUCCUUCUGAAAAUUUUUUGGCUCGUGUGCAGAAUCAUCCUGCUAUAAUUGUACCUCGGCUGCCUGCUGGGUUUACCUUGCCUACUCCAGCUCUUGUUGAAAGUAUGUGUGGCAAGGGGAGAGGAGAUACCAAAGAUCAUCCACUAAGUCACUGGUUUUUGAAUUUUUCAGAAGCAGAUGAGCUUUUGAAACUUGCUGCAGCUCGUCAGCAGGUGCAAGCUCAUAUUGUUAAGCUGAGAAGACAAUUGAAUGUGAUAGAUGGGCUACCUCAAGGUCCUCAACUGUCUUUAAUGGCCUCUGCUUAUGAUUUAUGAAUGUACAUGAUCAAGCUGGAUUAUUUUGGAACUUCUUUUUCUAAUUUAAAUCAUGGAAGACAAUUGCCCUUGGUAAUGAGAUGUGAAGCUUGUGGAAUAGCCCACAUCUAUGGACUUUCUUUGCAGUGUUUGUUUUAGUUUUGCUAAGUUCUACUUCUGUAAAGGGCUAAGUAUUAUAUUAGCAAAGAAAUUUGUCAGAAGUUGUAUGACAUGUUCAUCUGUCUCUUAAAGAGUUUGCUUGAGUAGAA